AUGAACGUCCGACAGCUGAAAGCACGUCCAGCGGGCCCAGCGGCCUCGGGCAUUGAGAGUGGUGGUUUCCUAGACGAUUACCGGGCUUUCACCGAGACGGACACGUUUGGUGCUCCGAGCUUGACAACCCUGGCGCAGAUGAAACGCGAGCGACCGCAGCGGGUGCAGUCAGUGCCGCUGCCGCCGGGGGAGAGUCCACAGAUCGAAUCUGAAGCCAAUGAUGCGGUGAAGUCAGCAAACCUCUCCUGCCUUGGCAGUGAAGUCACUCCUAGUCCUUACAACAAGUUUUCAGCACCCUACGGCUGCUGGUUAACCAAGUCGGCUAGCUCUGCACGACGCCGAUCUAUCAGUAAAGGAGAGGCCUUUGCCAUGUCCAAGACGCAGGCGUUGCCUGAAACCCCGCAAUGUUGGCUCGGAGUGCUAAAUCCCAUGGGACACUUCCGAAAUCUGUGGGACUUCGUCGGAAUCAUUUUGCUGGCCAUGGACACCAUCUUCCUGCCUGUGCAGUUUGUCACUGAUGACUUUUUUGAGAUGUUUCCAGCUCUGAAAAUCAAAUCUCAAAUCGCUGUAUUCUACUGGUUCUUUGACAUGUUGUUGUCCUUUCUGACUGGAUAUUUGGACAAGGGACAGCUGAUCGAUGACCAUCGUGCCAUUGCGAAACGCUACCUGAAGUCGUGGUUCAUACCUGACAUUGUGGUCACCAUCAUUGACGUUAUUUUGAUGUUCGAUGACGCCCGUGCCAGUGCGCAGAGUGCGGGCACACGCGUCCUGCGACUUCUGCGCCUCUGCCGAGUCGUACGCCUCGGAAAACUCACGCGGGCCGCGGCGUUCUUGCGGGACAAGUUUGAAUCAGACGUUGCCUAUACUCAGUUCACCCUGGUCAUUGCCAUGGUCACGAUGCUUCUGUUGGAGCAUGUCAUCGCUUGCGGAUGGUUUGGUUUAGGCUCCAUGAGCUCCGAAAGCGUGACCUGGAUCUCAGCAGCCAAGCAAGAAGGCGCCUCGUUCACUUUGCUGUACACCACCAGUCUGCGAUGGGCCUUAUCUCAGUUGGGCAUUGGUGGCACGCAGAUUGAAGCAGUGAACUCUACGGAAGGCGUCUAUACGGCGUUGGUGGCCCUUGUCUCCUUGCUGACCUUUUCCACAGUGAUCAGUUUCAUGACGUCCUUGAUUGGCACGUUGCAACACAAGAGGAUGGAAGAGACGCAACAGUUUGGACUAUUGAGACGCUUCCUGCGCACCAACAAAAUCCCAGAGGAAUUGCGUCAGCGCGUCACACGCUUCCUUCACCAUGCUUAUUUACAGAGGGGCUCAAACUCGGAGGAGCCGUACAUUCUCGACCUCCUCUCCGAAUCUUUACAAGCGGAACUGCAACUUGCGAGGUAUAACGAAGGUUUGGCCAGCCUGCCCUUCUUUGCGAAACUCUUCCGGAAUAAAUUCCUGAGUCUUCAAGAAGAGCAGGUGAUGCAGACUAUUGCUAACAAGGCUAUGACCGUUUUGGAGACAGCUGAAGACGACGUGAUUUUUUGCCACGGAAAUUUGGCCGCUGCUGCGUAUUAUGCCCUGGAUGACUGCAGCAUGCUCUAUUUACAGCCCAAUGUGGCAGUGGUCAAACCCGGAUGCCGUGAAUGGAUUUCAGAGAUGUGCCUGUGGACUGAGUGGCUGCACUUGGGAGAUCUCAUCACAUCGAGUUUUAGCAAGUUCAUUGUGAUCAAAGCCCAAGAGUUCUGUGAAAUCGUGUCCAAAGCAGGUCCCUGUCAAGUCCAGGGUCAUUACUAUGCCUUGGAAUAUGUGGAGGCAUUGAAUGAGGUCCAAGACGCAUCAGAUUUGUGGCAGAGGCCUGUGAAGGAACUGGGUCCUGCCCAAGCGGUUGCUGACAUGGAACACAUUUUUGGAUGGCCUGGAGCCACGAAGGUUAUGCCGUCGCCACCAUGA